CACUUCCGGUAAUUCUCCUGUUCAACGUGUGGCUAUGUUUGUUUACGGUUCUAAAUCUUCCGUUUUUUCCAAGUUGUUUUGCAAGUCUAAUACUAUCGAAAAGAAGAAUCUAUCAAAUGAGUCUAGCUGCAGCAGCUGGGAGAGUAAGAUAAAGUUAUGCCAACAUCCUGUGCAGCAUAUAAAUGUACACAUCGUAGUGACCGAAAAGCACGUGAGCAAGGCAUCACAUUUCACUGUUUUCCUAAGGAUUUGAAACGAAGAAAAGAGUGGGCAUAUGCCCUCAAGUACCAAGUGAAUGGUAAAAUUUGGGUACCAGAGCAUAAAACAUAUCUGUGUAGUGAGCAUUUUACAGAAGAAUGUUUUGACCGUACUGGACAAACAACACGUCUUAGAGAUGGUGCUGUUCCAUCGAUCUUUGAUUUUCCACCACAUAUGAAAAAAAAGGUGAGUGUUAGUGGUCAACGCCGGCGGGAAAAACAGCAGUUGAAGAAUGCAACAAAAUCAACGACUUCUGUUUCGAAAGGCAAAACUUUGACAACCAUUGGAUCUAGUCAGAAAGUACUUGAUGUACCAGACAGUACACUUACUGCUAACCUGUCUGAAGCAGCUGCAAACAAUAAGCUUACGUUGGCUUCAAAGGAUAAUACAACUGUAAAUAAUGUUGCUUGUAAAGAUCUAAAUGCCAAAAAGUCAGCUAUGGGAUGUGAAAGCAACAGUAUAUCAACAAGACAAAGUUCAUCACUAGCUGUAGCAGUGUCCCCAAAUUUGUCUAUGUCUUCAGAUUUGUUACAAGGAGAGAAGUCUUGUAAGAUGCGGAAGCAGAUUUGUGCAACAUCUCAGAUUUCACCAACGACUAGAGAAGAUUCUUCCAGUCAACAUGAAAAAGUGUCUGGUAAACUUCAGAAUAGAUAUAUUAUUAAAGAAAAAACACCCAAUAUUUGCAGUGAUGAUAGAAAUGAACAGCCACAACGACUGAAGAAGGUGUACAUUGUUGCAAGUCAUCCACGCAGUAUGUUGCACAACCUUGCAUUGCUUUGGAAAGAUGGCAAAUUCUGUGAUGCUGGCAUUGGUAAUGAGAAUGCUACAAUAAUGGUUCACAAGGUGGUCUUGUUGGCAAUGUGUCCCAAACUGCUUUCCAUGCCAAGUGCUGAUAUAUCUUCAAGUCAAUUCCUGCGGGUCAAUUUCCCUAAAAGGAUCAGCCAGCUUGCUCUGGAUGCUUUUGCUGAUUACAUGUAUAAUGGUAUUCUAGAUGUUGACCCACAGAUCUUGACUCAGUUGCGAACAGUUGCUGUCUGUUUGGAGAUGGAAGAACUAAAGUUACUCUGUGACACUCAUUUGUCCAAACUUAAGUCACCAAGGGUACAAACCACUUGUGAGUCAAACGUUGCUGUUGAUACUGUCAAUGAGACACUCUCUUGGACUUGCUGCAGUGAUACUAAAUCUUCAUCACCAAGUGUUCAGUCAACACUUGGUGUAAAACUUUCAACUACUGAACCUCUCUCAACUUCCUCUUCCUGGAUGCUGUCUCCUGAGAAUCCUGUUCCUGUCUCUGACCAAUUUGAAGAGAAUCAUUCACCAUCUAGCUACCUACCGUCUCUUACUACUGUCACUCAGCCUGGUGUUACAAUGAUGGAUGUGAGUGCAGAGAAUUCUGAUACUAAUCCAAUUGUUAUCUCUAACCCAGAUACUCAAACUGAUGACAUGAACUGUGCUACCUCUGAUCCAGAUGUUUCUAAUAUUAAUAAUACAAGUGUUCCGGUCAGGGAUUCAAAUGCUGUAACAGGUGUUAUUGAUUCAACUGCUGCUGUAAAUAAUCUUGGUGUUGUUAUCUCUGGUCUGGAUGUGCCAGUCAGUGAAGCAUCAAGUGUCACUAUUACGAACUCUGGUGUCACUGUGACUGAUCUAGGUGUUGUUAUUAAUAACCUCAACCUCCCAAUCACUGAUCUCUGUGUCCCAGUUACAAACUUAGGUAUUGCUGUCACUCAUGCAGAUGUUACUGAUCUUGGCACCUCAAUUACUCAUCCAGGUGUUAUUGAUCCGUGUGACUCAAUCAAAAACCUAAAUUUCUCAGUUGCUGAUUCAUGUAUUAAUGUCACUGCUCCACAUGUUACUGUUACUACUUCUAAUGACAAUGAUGUGAAUCAAGAUUCCAUUGUGACCAAUCUCACUGUCCCAGUUGUUGAUGUCGUCAAUCCUGUUGAUAAUCCAACUGAUCCAAGUGAAAAUGUUACUGGAUCAGAAUCAAGUAUUACUCAUCAAGAAGUUGGUGUCUCUGAUCCUGAUACAAAUAUCAUCAAUCCUAGUCCCAGCAUCACUGAUUCAGAUACCAACAUCACCAACCUACAGGUAAAUGUAUGUGAUCCAGCUACUGUUACCAAUAUGAUUACAAACGAUAUUGAUCUAGAAACUAAUGUUGUUGAUCCAGGUGCUGUUAUUCACUAACUCCAGCCAGUUGCUUGUAAGCAACUACCUGUUGAGGUAA